AGUGCAGCCGCCUUCCUACGAAGUUGCGGAUACUCGUCGGCCCAGGACCACCGGCGAGCCAGGAAGACGGGAGUCAAACAGAGAAGGUGACACAAGACCAUCACCAUCCCGCCACCGUAGAGUUGUGAAGAAAAGGAAGAAGAAACCGAUCUAACAAUCCGGAAGCCAUGGUUCAGUCUGAUAGAGAUAGAGCAGUAGGGAGUAGAUCUAAACAGCCAUCGACGGUGGCUUAGCCUUGCCUUUCCGGCGGUAGACCUCCCCCGUCAAACCACCGGCUGUGACAAAACCUCCUGCGUCUCCAGCCGUUCAGAUCUAACCGCUGUAUCUUUCUCAUUCCUCGCCGAGAACUACCUUCUUCUAACUGCAAAGCCACGCCGCCGGUAGAGCUCUUACCGGAAUUGUCCUGCGGAAGCUUCUCCUCGCCACAGACUCCCUUGAUUUCGAUCUGGUGACCUCAUCGGUAGGUGCAAUGGACUACGGAUAAAGCGCCAUGAAACAGUAGUUCCUCUUCAACGCCGGAAUCGCCGGAGGAACCUUCACUCGAUGCACAGAGUUGUGAUCAGAAGAAGAGAAAGGAGGAAAGAGGAGAGAGCCGCGAGUAGAAUUCACGCGCCCACCUCUCUUAAUUUGGACGCAUGUGUGCUUGCUUGUUGUUCUGUUUUUUGCAUUGUAGUUUUUUGGUCUUUUUCUGCUCCCUGUAAUUCUCUAUAACCUUCUCUCACAAAUGAAAAUUGGUAUAAAACUUAAUCUUCUACCGAAAAAAAAAAAAGGUUAUUACAGUAAUAUUUUUUCAGUUUAUAUUAUGUUGCCCAAACAAAAAUAAAAAUGUAUACUACAGUAAUAUUUAAUAGAGUUGCUUAUAUUAGUUGUGAGAGUUUCCAAUACUGAGUGUAGGCUGGCUCGGAAACAGGUGUGGGAGAUUUAGAGCGAGGUUCGGAGAUCUCUGUCACCGUAAGAUAAUCUCCAGAGAGAUGGGAGCUAGGGUUCGAGUUCAGCAUUACAAUUUGGGAUCAGCUGAUUCCUACAUCGGUACUUCUCUCCACGAUCUUAACUCCGUUGAUGGUUCGGCGAGAGAUAUCGACGACGAUAGUUUGAAUAACGACGGCGAUUCCUCUUCCGCGGACUGUAUGCAUGAAUCAUAUAGAAGCUCUAUGCAAAUCCACAAUGAAGUUGUUGAAGAAGGUGGAUCUAACAUGGAGAACAUGUUAAGCAUUGAAGAUAUUUCACCGAUUGAAUCAGCAAGAGCGAGAUUUCUACAAAUCAUCGUGGACUAUUUUAUUACUCAACAUGUGAUUGAGGUUUGUGAGGACAAGCUUGUUCUUGAUGUGGUUUUAGAUGGACGGGAUGAUGAUAAUAAUUACAAACUCAAGAGGAAGUCUGAUGAUAUACAAUAUGAAGGCGAUCCGCGUUUUGCGUUACCGUUGAUGUAUGUUGCGAAUUUGUAUGAGACUUUAGCUGGUGAAGCAAAUGUGAGGCUUGCUUCGUUGAAUGGGAUAAGAGAAAAGACUAUUGGGGUUUCUGUUGAAGCAGCUGGUGGCUUGUAUCGGAAAUUAACUAAGAAGUUUCCUAAGAGAGGUAGUUGCAUGUACAAGAGAAGAGAACUGGCGACUUCUGUUGAAACAAGGACAAGAUUUCCAGAAUUGGUAGUACAUGACGAGAAACGAGUUCGUUUCGUGGUGGUCAAUGGUUUGGAUAUUGUUGAAAAGCCAGAUGAUUUGCCUAUUGAAGAUGCUGAAUGGUUUAAGCGGUUAACAGGCCGUAAUGAAGUGGCUGUCUCUGCGAGAGAUUAUAAAUUCUAUUGCCCUCGACCCAAGCAUAGGCGUGGUCAAAAUUCUGUCUCCAGCAUCCAUGGCUUGCCUACAUUUCCAGGUAUAGACUCUUCAACGUUAGCCAAUACACAAGGGUUUCGCUCCGAUAAUGAAGAACAUCACACUCCUCCUUCUCCUUCCAAACAUCAUAUGUCGUCUUUGUCUCAUCAAUUUCACCAAUCUAUGCACCAGAGCCACCACCAUCAUCAAUCUAUUUACCAAAGUCAACACGCAGCCACACAUUUUCCCGGUCAGAACCAUCAAUGUGACCCUGAACUAUCUCUCACCCACCAGUCACCAUCAAUUUCACAGCACAUGGCUUGCUUGCAACCCCUCACUGGAGGCCAUGUAAUGGUACAAAUCUUCCAUAAUAUAUAUCCCGAUUGUAUCAUUUCGAUCUCCAUUCCGCAUAUAUAUGUUCAUCUGUCUUUCCACAGCCAACUUGUCCGGCAAAAUUCUGCGACCAAUGUGGAGCACAGUACUUGAGAGAGACAUCCAAGUUCUGCUCAGAGUGUGGUUCCAAGAGACUCGGGAUAUAGUCAAGAGAGACAGAUCUUUGCUCAAUUCUCCGGUUGGUGAAGUCUGAGCAAGUUUACUUGGCACAGAAGUAGCUAACCUAAUUGUGUUCCUAAUUCUGAUUAAUGCAGAUGUGUUACCGUUUAUAUGGUUUUGGCUAUGUAAUAUGUACGUAACAUGCCUAUAUAUUCUGCCUAGCUGAUAUCUGAUCA